UGGCUGAAGCACGGCAAAGGUACCUUUUGGAUCUCUGGCAAGCCGGGCUCGGGGAAAUCGACCCUGAUGAAGUUUGUCGCGGACCACGACAGCACUGUCCAAGCACUCACGGCUUGGUCCUCUCCAAAGCCGCCCAUCAUCGCCUGCCAUUAUUUCUGGAGCGCCGGCACAUCAAUGCAGAAGUCGCUGCAGGGGUUGCUGCAGACUCUCCUCCACGACAUUUUUCGCCAGCAGCCAGAUCUCAUGGAGCUCGCAUGUGCUGGGCGCUGGUCGGAAUCACCCGAGGCGCUCAUGUACAAGCCGUGGACCGUACCGGAACUGCAUCGCAUCUUGCAGCACAUUGGCGAUCGGGGAUCGCUCCGUGUUAAGAUGUGCUUCUUCAUCGACGGCUUGGACGAGUACGAAGGGGAUCACGUCGACUUUUGUACCAUCUUGAAGGACCUAUCCGCAUCGCCGAGUCUAAAGCUGUGCAUCUCGAGCAGGCCGUGGAAUGUAUUUGAAGACUCAUUUGGCCGCGCCACGUCGUCUAAGCUGUAUAUCCAUGAGCUUACCCGGGGCGAUAUUCGGUCCUACGCCAGACGGCGUCUCCAGGAGCACCCGAGGUGGCAGUACCUCGAAGUCCCACCUGAGCACAGGACGUGGCUGGUGGACCAGAUUACCGAGAGGGCAGCCGGCGUGUUUCUUUGGGUGUUUCUGGUCACCAAAGAGCUUCGGAGCGGCCUAACCGAGUACGACAGCUUUUCGGAUCUGGAGCGUAGGCUCGAAGCCAUCCCGACAGACCUUGAAGUCUUCUUUCGCCAGAUUCUCGAGUCUGUGGAACCAUUCUAUCAUGGUAAAAUGGCCACAACGCUACUCAUGGCCCUUGCAGCUCGAAAGUCGGCGUCUGUCGAACUCUACGCGUUCCAGGACCUUGAACAUGAAGAUCAACACUAUGCCCUCAAGAUGCCGCUUCGACCACUCGGAGACGACGAAGCCUCUGCUCGACAGGAAAGGGUGUCUCGGCAAUUGGCAGGCAGAUGCCGCGGGCUGCUCGAGGUGAAUAGCACGACCCGUCGAGUCGAGUUUCUCCAUCGGACCGUCGUCGAUUUCUUAAGAACUAACGACAUGACCAAUUUUCUGCGUGAAAAGUCGGCACGCGGCUUCGAUGCAAGCCUCGUCCUUUUGAAAGCCUAUGUCGCAUGCAUCAAA